AUAUCGAAUGUGGAAAGGAUGGACACCUACUCAAUACCAGACCAGGCCCGGCAGCUGCUCUACGAUGGAAUUCUCAACAACCGUCGACAGACCGGACUGCCAGCUGAGAUCGACAAAUGUGCUGCAGUAGUGACAUUCGAAGGCUCGCCACUGCCUUCGAUUCCAAUCAAUUGGAGAUUUGCAGAGAGCAUGGCGGCCUUGAAAGCAAUGGAGGCUGCCAUGAUCAAUGUCUUGUUGGGACGAAAAUACAACAGCGACCCUCUGCCCGCCGUCAUCAACACUGACCACGCCCAGCUUCUGUUCAUGUCUUCCCUCGUUUUGACGGUUGACCCUGGCGCCGAGUUCCAGGUUACGCCCACGCCAGUGCGAGAGCUGAGUGCGAAGUACUCGCAUCACUUUCCUCUGCAAGAUGUCCACAACAUGGCCUCAUCUUUGUACCGACGUGCUGCCACGAAUAUAUACAAGACUGCCGAUGAUCGCUUCAUCCACCUGCAUGGGAGUCUCAAUCCAGGGCCCACUAUAGCUGCACUUGGAUUACCACCCGAUCGACCUGAGCUGGACAACUUGGCAGCUUCAUAUCAGCCAUAUAUCGACAAGUGCAUGGAAUUCCGCGCAGACGCCCUCGAAACACUCUUGAAUGAACAAGCAAAACAGGCAUGUACCAUUGCAAACACUUGGGAAGCGUACCGCGACAGCGCCCAUGGUCGAGCCAACGCCGAUGUCAACCUGUUCGAGGUGCACCACCGACCCGUAGAAAACCAGGCACCGUGCUGGUGGUCAUCUGCCGGAGCCACGGCGACCCUGCAACGUCCACUCGCCGGUCUCAAGAUUGUCGAUCUAACCCGAGUGAUUGCUGGCCCAUCGAUCUCGCGCGGACUGGCGGAGCUCGGCGCCUCCGUGAUGCGUGCGACGGCGCCACACCUGCCCGACUUUACAGGCCUUCAUCCGGACUUGAAUUGGGGAAAGUGGAAUUGUUGUCUGGACUUGCGCCAGGCUGAAGAUCGUGAGAAGUUGCGGAAGCUAAUCCAGGAGGCCGAUGUGGUUGUUGACGGCUACCGACCCGGAGUGUUUGAUAAGUAUGGCUUUGGCAUGGAAAACAUACUCGAACAGUGUCGAGAGCGCAAGUUCGGAGUGAUAUAUGCUCGCGAAAACAGCUAUGGCUGGAAGGGAGAGUGGCAGCACCGGAGUGGAUGGCAGCCGAUUUCCGACGCGAACACGGGCAUCUCUUUCGGAUUCGGACGUGCCAUGGGCCACGAUGAGCCUGUGACGCCUGUAUUCCCGAAUUCAGACUACUGCACGGGAGUCGCGGGAUGUGUCGGCGUCCUCCAGGCCCUGAUUCAGCGCGCAGAGCGGGGCGGGUCUUUUGUAGUAGAUAUCGCUCUGAACUACUAUAACGCGUGGUUGGCGCGUCAGUGCGGAGAGUAUCCGCCCGCCGUGUGGGAGGACGUGUUGAAAAGAAACGGCGGCCGCGCCUUUCGUCACUUUCAAAGCAUGAACGUGACGGUGCCGGCCUACUUGGGCAUGAUUCAGGCCAAUGCUGCCAACACGCUGUUUCGUCCCGAAUUCUUUGAGCGGCGACGGAGUGGAGCGCUGGGGCUGGACAUGCAGGUCGUGCGGCCGGGAAUUCGGUUUCCAAAGGAUACGGUCGAGCUCCGAUACAACGUUGGCACACGCGGAAAUGGUGUCGAUUCGCCCUUUUGGCCCAGGGAUCUGAGUGUCGAAGUGGUGGAGGAA